GCACGUGUGUUUGUUUGCAGGAAAGCCAAAUAAUCAUAAUACAAAACGUAAAGGAAAUAUGUUGUUGUUAUUGCUUGAAGGCGAGUUUUAAGUGGUCUUCUCGGUAGUUGCUGGUUUGGAAUCAUUGUGUAAAUAAACAUUGACAGUCAUGUUAAAACAUAUAGACAUGUGCAAUUAUGUAACUGUCUGUUUGUGUAAGCGCGUAUGUAUGAUGCGAAAUGUUAAAGACUUGCUUGAAAAAUAGUUCAUAAUACAGUGAGCACUUGACUGAUGAUACUUAAUGCUAUCGCAAAUGCAAGCUCGCUUUAAAUACCGAACUACUUGUUCUAGUUAUAGUGGAGAAAAAAGAAGUAGCGGCUACUUCAAUGCAUAUGUCGGUGAACAGCUAUACCAUUCGAUACCAUAAAUUUUCAUGGAAACUGAAACUGCAAGAGCAGAUCAUAAUAGCAUUGGAUAAGGAUUGAGACUCUGAAUCUUUAUAGCUCAACGUCCUCAGUUCCAUCACUAAUACAAUGUGAACGCCGUUGCCACGAAGUAUGAAGAGUUCUCAAAUUAUUGGAAGGAAAUCUUUGUUGAUACACAAUCAACAUCCAAACCUUUGAAGCGUAUCUGAACAUACACUAAGCCAAGGGUCGACCGCUGCAGCCGUACAAGAUAGACGUUAGACCAAAAGAUUCGUGAAUCCUUUUUUUCGACUUUGAUUCUGUUGUCCCGGCCGGCGGGACCACUAUACAUUUUUUCAUACCAAUAUGUCUACCAUACCUAUUCCAUAAGCAACCUAUCUGAACCCAGAGCUCUAUGGAUUCUCUGUGGAUUCUUAAGCUGGGGCCUGUUCUAUGUAAUGAUGCGAAAGUCAUAAACUUCUGGAAGUUAAAAUACGAAUAUGACUUAUAGAAAACAGUUACGAUAUGUCUUUCUCGCUUGGAGCAGCCUUUCUAUUUCGCUCGGACUCUAUCUAUUCUCCUACUAACACGACUGUCAGCGAAUACUUGGCAUACUAUUUUAGAAUUUGAAUGUACCGAUUAUGACAUUAUUAUCAUCAUAUUUCUUCUAUAAUAUGCCCUUUCAGCAGGGGAUACAAAUCUUAUCUUUCUAUGCUUUAAAUAAACUAACUGUUCGUUUCAUAUUCUCCAAAACCGUGGGUCUUAUAUUCAAAAACGCUGUCAGUUAUUAAAACUCCAUUGUUCACACUAAUCGCAUUUCACUGUAAUCUCCACCGAACAGUCGGUACACUUAAGUCCCGAUGACGAUUUUUCGUGGACUUAUUAAUGAAAAGUUGAGAACCUUUGCUUUGCCAUUGAAGUGCAAUGUUCCUCGACAGGAUAACCGCUUUCUGACCAACCAACCAAACACAUAUGAACGUAUGCAAAUAUGUCUUAUAAGAGGGGACACGCGACAAUGAUUGACAAAACUAAAAUAGUAACAAGUAUACAUAUGUCUCUUGACAAUAACCAAUAACAAAGGCUAUGUAAUUGGAAAGGACGACUCGCUCGCGAAGGACGCAUGCAACAUGUGUGUACAAAUGCGGGUGUUGACGAGCUCAGCAGAAACUCGAGUAAGAACCUAAAGUGAGCGCGGCUAUAAAAACCAAUUGCAACUCAACGCAGGAUUUCAGUUGAGUUUUAGCGCGCCGCUUUUAAGGAUGACGGAUCUACGCAGCGUUGAUGACACGCUAGAGUCCCCGAGAUCAAGAAUCUGCCAUUUGUACAAUGACAUCAACUCAACACUAGCCCCAGCUAAUAUGUCACACAGUGUUUGCCAAGUAUGUGGCGAUCAGAGCUCGGGUAAGCAUUACGGAAUCCUUUGCUGUGAUGGCUGCUCGUGUUUCUUCAAGCGUAGUGUGCGCAAAGGUACCCUGUAUACGUGCAUCGCCGCAAAAGGCAAUUGUAUUGUGGAUAAGGCACGCCGCAAUUGGUGUCCAUAUUGUCGUUUGCAACGCUGCCUGGCCGUGGGCAUGAACGUAGCCGCCGUGCAAGAGGAGCGCGGACCGCGCACUCAAGCAGCUGCGGCCAAACAUGGCGCACCAAAUUCGAAAAGUUUAACGCUGACACGCUGUGCUUAUAUGCACCAUACGUAUCGUCCGCAUUAUGCAACGCUGCAGCAGAAACCACACGCUGCGGCGCUGACCGCCGGCAAUGCGGUGAAUUUCCAAAUACUUGCACAAAUCCUAGUCACUUGUCUGCGUCAGGCUAAAUGCAAUGAACAAUUCCGUACACUAACCCCCACGCAGCAGGAGGCUAUUUUGAAUGUCGUGUGGAAUGAGUGCUUUGUGUUGCGCGCCUCCCAUUGGUCGCUCGACAUAACGUCUAUGAUUGAUGCCUGCGGUGAUCCGCAAUUGCGGCGUGUCAUCGCUGAAGCGAAGCAGCUGCGCGCCGAUGUGAUGGAACUGAAUUUCCUUGAAACCUUAGUACUUUGCCGGAAAGAAUUGGCCCUGAGCGCGGAGAAUGCAACGCUGCUGGAGAGUCAUGCAAAUGGCGCUUUGGUUUCGCUUGCCCGAUAUACCAUGCAACAAACGAACUGGCUGCGUUUCGGCACGCUGCUGCUGGGUUUAAGGCAAUUGACCCAACGCUGCUACGACAGUCUGCUCUCAUCGCUUUUUCGCACAGUUGUCAGAGACAUUGUCAAGAACUUGUGAGUUUCAUUGUGUGUGAGUGUGAUUUUCAUGUUGUUUAGAGAGUUCGGAUUUAGUAAACAGAAAGUUCCUCACUUCG